AAUUAUUUUCAUCCUUUUGCUGAUGCAACGUAUCGGAACGCCCCAUACUGACAGUCCACGCUUGAAAAAUACACUUAGAAAAGGACACGUAAACGGGCAACAAGCAUUCCCGCGAAAACGUGCACAUAAAUUUAUCUUUAGUACGAUAAAGUUGAACGAAAUUCACCCUCCGCCGUUCUCCCUUUCGUCGCGCGAGCAUUCCUUUCGCUUUGUCAGCAGACGACAGUUAGCGUUCUGCUUUCAACAAGACGGAGCGACGUCUUAUUUUUGGCACGUUCCUCGCGUCAUCCUUCACUGUUGCUGUCCCUCCUGGCGACGUCGUCUCGCGGUCGUCUCACCCAUGGAUGGCCCAGAUGUCGGCGAGGCGUCGACCACUGUCAAAUGUCUGUGCUUGUGGUGUGUGCUCUGCUGGGCCUCGCGCUUUCCUCGCAGGCCAGGGCGCGACACGAUGCUGACUCCUGUUGGGUCAUUGGAGACUCCAACCUCUACAAGAAAAAGGUUCCAGUUUCUAUCAUCAGGCAGCUGAACGAGGCUCAAGACUUGAACGAUAUUUUGAGGAUCUGCUCCGGUGGUUCCAGUACAACGUGGCACCGCAUCAGCACUUACGGCUACUUGCUGUGGCAAAUACGUUCCUAUGAGAGCGACACGAUGCACAGCAUCACAUCUUCGGGUCGGGAACUUCAAACUGAGUUCAACCAUCAGGAGGCGCCUUCCCAAGAAAAGCAAGCCAUAGAUGAAGAUCAGAUGAUGUCCGAUGCGCCGGUAAGGCGUAAACGCAAUUCACCAAUUCUCGAGAAGCGUGCUGCAUGCAUACCAAGACCAGUUCCCAUACGGGUGCCUCAGCCUCGUGACCCCGAAGCCCUGCAUUACCCUACCUGUGCAGACGUACUUCGUUGUGCAGGAUGCUGUAACCACCACCUGCUAAGCUGUAGACCGAAAGCUACUAGAAAUACUACGAGGCAGGCAUUUGUUCUACGCCUCGCCAAGAACAAGACGAGUGGCAUCAACUUCGAGGGAUUCAAGAAGGUCCGCUUCCUGGAGCAUACUGCAUGCCACUGUGAGUGUAAGGUACGUCCUCAGCAUUGUAGCCCCCACCAAGUCUACCGCGAGGACAGUUGCCAGUGUGCAUGUCCGAACAGCUGGAUGGCUCCAAACUGCACCAGUCUCCAAGUCUGGGAUGGAAGACGCUGCGCCUGUGUCUGCCGGAAUCCAGAGUUGGAGUGUUCCACAGGUUUCAUUUAUGACGGCAACCUCUGCAGAUGUGUGAUGGACAACACAUACUAUGCCACAUUCAGACGCAGAAGGCUCGUUGGGUGAUCCAUGUCUGCGAUCUCUUGCUCAGAUAAGCAAUGCAAAACAACUUCCGUUCCUGUUCCUCUCACGUUACCCACAUCACACUCACACAUAAGACCCUACAUAUACUGCAUGUAACAUUUAAAAAAACUCUCCUCGAUCUUUAUAAACAAUAAAAAGAUCUGUACAAGACGUGUUACCCGACAGCAAAGUGUAUAAAAAGUGUAUAAAUCAUGGAAGAUGGUAUAUUUACAGACGGCGAUUGAACACAUUGUAGCAUGAGACACACCCGAUGUGCAUCCUUUCUUUUUUCGUAACAUCUCUGUAACAUCUUAAAACCUAACAUGGCAGAAUGAAACAACAUUAAAAAUGUGUCUUUGA